AGAUCCAAAGCACUCAAAAAAUGCUAAUAUCAUGGAUGCAAUGAUAGAUGAGAAAUGAUAGAUUAGAGCAAUCACUAGAAACACAGAAUUUUUAAAUCUUAACAAUCUUGUACAUAAUUCCAUAGGAUCACCCCGCACCUUUAACAAACAUUCUUACAUCUAUUUUUAAGUUUGGUUAUGAUUACAGAAACGCAUCAAUCAAAUGCAACUCCAUUCUUGUAAGAGCCCCCCUAUAAAAGCACGCAAAAAUAUUGCACCACCUACAUAAAGAUGAGAGGGCAAGUUCUAACCUACAUUCUUCUACUAGCAUGGUUCCUGCUUAUAGAUUCUCAACUCCAGGGCUCCCAAAUCGAUGCUCAAGCCAUUGAAUCAGUUCACUUCAAGUUCAGACCUCGAAGCCUAAUGUCGAGACUACAUGCUAGAAACGCAUUACCUACCUGGGUUGAAAUGAAGAAGAUUCAUAAAUCCCCAUCUGGACAGAACCCAUUAGAAAAUCACAAGCCACCAUCUAGGCAUUAAAACAACGGAUGCAACAGCCAAUGUGGAAGAUAGGGUAAGGUGACACAAAUUGUAUUGGAGGUGAGACGUCUCUGU